CUCUCCCACUCGGCCCGGCACCAGGUGCCCCGGCGGGUCGGGUGGCGCGGCGCGCGGCGAGAGCUGGCGGUCACCAUGGCAAUGCGGGAGCUGGUGGAGGGCGAAUGCGGGGGUGCCAACCCGCUCAUGAAGCUGGCCGGACACUUCACCCAGGACAAGGCCCUUCGGCAGGAGGGGUUGAGGCCUGGCCCCUGGCCACCAGGAACCCCCGAGGCGGUCUCUAAGCCUUUGGGGGUAGCCGCUGAAGAUGAGUUGGUGGCCGAAUUCCUCCAGGACCAGAAUGAACCACUUAUAUCCCGUGCCCCUCAGACCUUCAAGAUGGAUGACCUCCUGGCAGAGAUGCAGGAGAUUGAACAGUCAAGUUUCCGCCAGGCACCCCAGAGAGCCCCUGGGGUGGCAGACUUGGCCUUGUCUGAGAACUGGGCCCAGGAAUUUCUUGCAGCUGGAGAUGCUGUGGAUGUAACGCAGGAUUAUAAUGAGACUGACUGGUCCCAAGAAUUCAUCUCUGAAGUUACAGACCCUUUGUCUGUGUCUCCUGCCCGCUGGGCUGAGGAAUAUCUGGAACAGUCAGAGGAGAAGUUGUGGCUGGGAGAGCCUGAGGGAACAACUGCUAGUGAUCGCUGGUAUGAUGAUUAUCAUCCUCAGGAUGAUCUACAGCAUACUGCCAGUGACUUUGUGGCCAAAGUGGAUGACCCCAAAUUGGCUAACUCUGAGUUCCUGAAAUUCGUGCGGCAGAUUGGCGAGGGGCAGGUGUCCCUGGAGUCCGGUGCAGGGUCGGGCCGAGCUCAGGCAGAACAGUGGGCAGCAGAGUUUGUACAGCAGCAGGGUACAUCAGAUGCCUGGGUUGACCAGUUCACAAGACCAGUAAACACAUCUGCCCUUGAUAUGGAGUUUGAACGAGCCAAAUCAGCUAUAGAGUCUGAUGUCGAUUUCUGGGACAAGUUGCAGGCAGAGUUGGAGGAGAUGGCGAAACGGGAUGCUGAGGCUCACCCCUGGCUUUCUGACUAUGAUGACAUCACAACUGCUUCCUAUGAUAAGGGGUACCAGUUUGAGGAGGAGAACCCCCUGCGUAACCACCCCCAGCCUUUCGAGGAAGGGCUGCGGCGACUUCAGGAUGGGGACCUGCCGAAUGCUGUGCUGCUUUUUGAGGCGGCUGUGCAGCAGGAUCCUAAGCACAUGGAAGCUUGGCAGUAUCUGGGUACCACACAGGCAGAGAAUGAACAAGAACUAUUAGCCAUCAGCGCACUACGGAAGUGUCUGGAGCUAAAGCCAGAUAACCGGACAGCAUUGAUGGCACUGGCUGUCAGCUUCACCAACGAGUCCCUGCAGCGACAGGCCUGUGAAACACUGCGAGACUGGCUGCGCUACACACCAGCCUAUGCCCAUCUGGUGGUGCCCGGGGAAGAAGGGGCCAGUGGUGCAGGACUGGGCCCAAGCAAGCGCAUCCUGGGAUCUCUGUUGUCUGACUCCCUGUUUCUUGAAGUGAAAGAGCUCUUCCUGGCAGCUGUGCGCCUGGACCCUACAUCCAUUGACCCUGAUGUGCAGUGUGGGUUAGGGGUCCUUUUCAACCUGAGUGGGGAGUAUGACAAGGCAGUGGACUGUUUCACAGCUGCCCUCAGCGUUCGUCCCAAUGACUAUUUGCUGUGGAAUAAACUAGGGGCCACCUUAGCCAAUGGAAACCAGAGUGAAGAAGCAGUAGCUGCAUACCGUCGGGCUCUUGAGCUACAACCAGGCUAUAUACGGUCCCGCUAUAACCUGGGCAUCAGCUGCAUCAACCUUGGGGCUCAUCGGGAGGCUGUGGAACACUUUUUGGAGGCCUUGAACAUGCAGAGGAAAAGCCGUGGCCCUCGGGGCGAAGGGGGCGCCAUGUCAGAGAACAUCUGGAGUACCCUGCGUUUGGCAUUGUCUAUGUUAGGCCAGAGCGAUGCCUAUGGGGCGGCUGAUGCUCGGGAUCUGUCCGCCCUCCUAACUAUGUUUGGCCUGCCCCAGUGACAGUGGGAUGGGCUGCCCUGUGAGUGUCUGCCUGGAGGGGUCCCCGCUCUGGAUGUGACUCCCUCUCCCCAAAUGGGCCUACCAAGGGGGUGGGCUGAUGAUCAUAAGCGGUACGGCCUCUCAGGAGUGGCCUCAAUGUAGGGGUGGGUAGUCUUUGUUCUAGUUCCUACAUAAUUGUAGGAAAAUGAGCUGUAUCUCUUGAGUCCCUUGGUAAUUCAAGGGCUGCACACCCGGCUACAGAUCUCUGCAUAUCAUGCCCUUUCUUGGUGCUGCUUUUUGGGUAGGACCCAGAGAUAAUAGGGUAACUGUUGUCAUCAGCUGCCAUUUCUCAUAGGGUCUCCCACAUUUGUAAUGUCUGCCCCUCCUCGUCCCCCCACUUUUACUGGGAAUGGAUAAUAGUACAGCUUCCCUGGGCAGUUUUGUGUUGGCCAUUCUUCUACCAUGCACUUCUGUGAUGACCAUUCUGGGGUGGGAUGGCAGGAAUUGGCCUGUUGGACUUAAAUGUUGAUUUGGCUCAACAGCGUCAAGUUUUGGUAGGGGUGCUCAUAGUUCUGUCAUUCUUGGACCUCUCCUGGCUGUUGCUCAGAUUUUCUGGGUACGAUGCUGCACACAGGAAUGCUGGCCUCACUAUCUAGGGGUCCUCAAGAGCUGUUAGGGUAAAUUGCUACACAGUGUUUGGGUGUUGGGUAGCAGGAAGGCUCACUUGUGGAAUUAGCUGUGCUCUGUGCCCUUUGGUGGAAGGAGAGCAGCGGGACGUGGGAUGUGAGUGCAGCAGUCCCUCCUCCUCUUAGACCUGUGAGUAAGAAUUGAGCUAGUAGCUCUUCUAGUAAGUUGGUUCAGAAAUUGCCAUCUUGCCAAAUUCCUAGCAAAGAGAUGGUUCAGUGUUACCUUGGGACUUUGCUGUACGUCUUGAAGUGUUUCUAGGGGAGAGUGUAAAAAAAUCCCUUUCCCCUAUAGUACCUCUGCAAGGUGAAGAUUGAGGGAAGAGGAGGGAGCCUCUUGGAUUCUUCUCACCUGUGCCCUGCGUGGGGAGCUCCACUAACCUCCAGAAAUGACUGCUGAGCCUCUUGCCUUGUCAUUAGUAGCUAAUGAUCAGAUUUUUUUUUUUUAAACUACCAUGGU